GAAAGUCUAGGUGAUGCCUUGGUUACGUGCGGCUCUGUUAUAAAGCUGCAAAAUACUGAUUAUGGUGUGCGGCUGCAUUCGCAUGACGUGAGCUACGGAUCCGGAAGCAAGCAGCAGUCUGUCACAGGCAUAAGAGACAUCACGGACGGUGGAAGCUACUGGCAGAUAAAUAACGAGGACAAAAAUGAAUACUCGUGUAGAGGUGAAGUGGUUAAAUGUGGGCAGGUAAUCCGCCUCACUCAUUCGGCAUCUGGGAAAAACCUACACAGCCAUCACUUUCAGUCUCCUCUGUCUCGCAAUUAUGAAGUUUCGGCUUUCGGCCAUCAUGGAGUUGGUGAUGAGGGUGAGCUGGAAUAA